AAAUGACCAAAACCAAAGAAUUGUAAUUAGCAAGAUUAUCCAGGUCCUAUCCCUUUGGCUUUGAGCUCCUCUACUGUGAGCAGUAGCAACGUACGGGAGAGGAAAGAUGCAUUCUUUGGGGCUUAAGCUAGUGUCUUUGAAGCCGGCAACGUUCUCCAAAGCGUGGCCAAACCAUAGUGAAAGGACGAGACGUUGUCAUGUGAUCCUGUCUUCCUCCAAUUCUUCUUCGUCGUCCUUCUCCUCUUCUUUUUCGUCUUCGUCUUCCUCUUCCUCUUCCUCAUCUUCUUCAUCCGAUAAAGGUGGUACGGAGAACGAGAAGAUCCUUUCUUCUACGACCACAUCUUUUCUUUCGAAGAGCCAGAAUUACGCCCUUCUCAAGAAGCAGAUGGCCGUGGCGGUCAAUUCCGAGAAUUAUAAAGAAGCUGCAAGAAUAAGGGAUUCCUUAAAAUCUUUUGAGGAGGAAGAACCAGUAUUGCGCCUUCAAGGAUUGUUAAAGAAGGCUAUUCUAGAAGAACGGUUUGAGGAUGCUGCCAGAUAUCGAAAUGAAUUGAACAUUUUGGCCCCACACGCCUUGUUGAAAUGUUCAAGUGAUGCUACUACGGUGGGUAUACGGGUGCAAGUCAGGAGUGUGUAUAUUGAGAGCAGGAGCCAGCCAUCAAAAGGGCAGUACUUCUUUGCUUAUCGAAUCCGAAUCACUAAUAAUUCAGAGCGUCCUGUACAGAUCCUUAGACGGCAUUGGAUCAUAACAGAUGGCAACGAGAAAACUGAGAACCUCUGGGGAGUUGGUGUGAUAGGAGAACAACCUGUAAUACUUCCAAAUACUGGAUUUGAGUAUUCUUCUGCAUGUCCAUUGAGUACUCCUAAUGGAAGAAUGGAAGGUGAUUUUGAGAUGAAGCAUAUUGAUAUGGUUGGAUCAUCAACUUUCAAUGUGGCAAUUGCACCUUUCUCUCUUUCCAUCAUAGGAGAUGAAGUUGGUGGCCUCCUUUAGCGUUUUUGUUUACAAUCUUUUCAUAAUAUGUUUAUAUGAUCAUAUGCAAUGUGGUCUAAUAAGUCGCAUAUGAUGCUUAAUUGUAUAUUUAUAAGAUCAGUCUGAGUUUGGUCAGAAAAAUUUUUCUCAUAUUUAUUUGUUAGCUUGUUAAUAUGUAUGAUGUUAUUAAUAUAUGGAAUUUUUAUAUUUUUUGGGGUGUAAAAUGUAGAGUGAAUGAUGUUUAGAUGCAAAUGAGGAUGUGACUUAUUAGGCAUUAUAUCACUCAUGUUAAUGUGUAA